CGGCGCCAGUCUACGCAAAAGCUUUCCUCACUAAAGUUAAAGUUUCUUACUGUCUAUAUUUCUGGUCUACGUUAGUGGCUAGAUCUCUGAGCGGCACCCACUAGCAUAAGGAUACACAGGAUCUAAAAGAAAUAUUAAAGAGGACCCCAAACUGUGAACGUUUGAUUACUGGUCUCUGGAGUCUUAAUAGUCUGAAAGGUUUGCUUGCUUGAGACUUGCCUCCAGCGUUUGCAACAGCGGCACAGUAUACUGUAUCCGGCAGGGCCAAUGGAGGUGUCGCACUCAAUCAGGGAGCGCACAAUCGCAGAGAACAGUCUGGUUGUCCUACUGCAGGGUCUGCAAGGCCAGGUGACCACAGUGGACCUGCGGGACGAGAGCAAAGCCAGAGGCCGCGUGGUCAACGUGGAUGCUUUCAUGAACGUGCGUCUGGAAGAGGUGCUCUACCAGGACCGCAAGGGACGUCUCACUAAGCUGGCGGACCUGUUCAUCACUGGACGCAACGUUCGCUAUGUACACAUUCCGGAUCACAUGGACAUCGUGGAGACCAUCAAAACCCAGUUGGCCAGGAUUCACAGAGUUCGAGAUUUCUCUGGGAAACAGGCCGGCAGGAAGGAGUACUCAACCAAGAAAGGGAAAAAAUGACACCCUUUUUUAAAAGGCAGUCAUCAGAUAAAACAGUGCCUUUUGAACAGGUCCUGGCAUACUGACGAUAAAACUUG